GCGAUUCAGAACCAGUUGGGGGAGGAGCUGCUUCAGGAUCUCAUUAACUUCUGCCUGAGUUACAUGGCUGUGCUGAAACUACCCAAGAAGAGAGGCACUUUUAUCGAAUUCCGGAACGGAAUGCUGAACAUUUCCCCGAUUGGUCGGAGCUGCACGUCUGAAGAGCGAAUUGAAUUCUCAUUAAUUGACAAGAAAGAGAAAAUUCGGGAGAAAUUUGUCACCGCCCUGCAGGAGGAAUUCGCUGGGAAAGGGCUGUGUUUCACCAGGGGAGGACUGAUUAGCUUUGAUAUUUUCCCAGAAGGGUGGGAUAAAAGAUACUGCCUCGAUAUCCUGGAAACAGAAGGACUGGAGAUCAUUUAUUUCUUUGGGAACGAAACUUCACCGGGAGGGAAUGACUAUGAGAUUUUCAGCGACCCUCGUACAGUGGGGUACACAGUCAGCUCCCCAGAAGACACAGUCCGGCUUUGUAAGGAGCUUUUUGGGGUGCAAUUGUGACUUUCGGGGGGAGGGGGGGGGGGGGGGGGGUGUGGAGCCUUCACUAACACACCCACGAUCAGAACGCGAUCGUCAAACUAAUUCCUGCAAACAAAUGAGAGGAAAACCUGCCUCGCGCUACAGCGACCCCUGCUGGCCAGGAGGGCUUACAACAGACAUUAACCACAGUAAUAAUAAUAAUAAUUAUGACACGCUGCAGGACUGGCCCUUGUCCUCUAGGGGGCGGUAGAUGACACCCAAAUGUAUUAUGCAAAUGAAAAAUGUGUGGAGCUGCUGAAAAAAUGAUUGUGUGUAUAUAUAUGUAUAUAUAUAUAUAAUUUUUUUUUUUGAAUGAGUGAGUUUGCAAUUUAUUGUAAAGUACUGUAGUUUUAAUCAUAAUAAUAAUAAUAAUAAUAAAUACAUAAAUCUGUUUUCUA